GUAUCUUGGUACAUUUACUCGUUCUCUGGACAUACAGACCUUGGACGGCACACUGUUGACCUCUAUUGACUUCGUCCGUUCUAUGAAAAGCCUGACACAAAAAGCAACCCAGCGCCUCAGCAUCACAGCAUCCGCCCUUCUAAAUCCCAGCACACUAUCAUCACCAGCUCCACCAGUAUCCCACACCAGGACAACCACAACAAUGUCUUCCCAGCAGCACAAAAUCGCCAUCCUGGACGACUACGCCGGCAUCGCAGAGUCAUACUUCUCCCAUUUGUCCUCCCAACUAGAAAUCCAGAGCUUCCCCGACACACUCAACACGUGCAUCCCAUCCGAACAUCAAGCGCUAAUCGAGCGCCUGACCCCCUUCACCAUAAUAUCGACCAUGCGCGAACGCACAAUCCUCCCAGCCAGCGUUCUCAGUGCCCUACCCAACCUCAAGCUCUUGCUAACAACAGGCAUGAAGAAUGCCUCCAUCGACACUGCGACCCUGAAAUCCAAGAAUGUAGUGUACCUCGGUACCGGCCCCAAGCCCAACGCCGUCAAGGGCUACGACGCCACCAAUGAAAUGACAUGGUCUCUCAUCCUUGGUCUCUCAAAGACCCUGGUCGAAGGCGACACUUCCAUCAGACAGGGAGGGUGGCAACCGGGCCUGGCCCUCCCUCUUGCCGGCAGAACCCUCGGCCUGCUCGGUCUAGGUAAACUCGGGACCCAAGCCGCUGUCACUGGCAUUCUGGGAUUCGGCAUGAAAGUGCUCGCGUGGUCGUCCAGCCUGACGCAAGAGAAAGCCGACGAAGCGGCCAAAGCACGCGGUCUACCAGCAGGUUCGUUCAAGGUUGCCAGCAGCAAGCACGAACUGUUUUCGCAAGCAGACGUUUUGAGCGUGCACUACGUCCUGAGUGAGCGCUCGCGCGGCAUUGUCGGCGCAGAAGAACUAGAGGCCAUGAAAUCCAGUGCUAUUUUGGUCAAUACUUCGCGUGGACCACUGAUUGAUGAAGCAAGCCUGGUUGAUGCCUUGGAACACAACAAGAUUCGCGCCGCCGGACUCGAUGUAUAUGAUACGGAACCCUUGCCUAAGGAUAGUCCGUGGCGCCGGGACGGGUAUUGGGGUGUGAAGGGCCGGUCGAAGGUUUUGGUCAGUCCGCAUAUGGGGUAUGUCGAGGAGGAGACGAUGCAUAGUUGGUAUGAGCAGCAGGCUGAAAGUGUGAGGGGGUGGUUGGCUGGUGGGGAGGUGAAGAAGGUCAUUUCUUGAUCAAUGACUGAUUACUAGCAUCCAUAAUCGCAGGCCAAAGUACAUAGGAUGUCAAGGCCAGCAGACCAUGAAUACUACAUGCCAGAAAAGAGC